UGACGCCAAACAAUUGAUACUAGAGCAUACAAUCAUCACAGCGAUAUUUGAUUCUGCUCUUCAUGCUCCCUGGAGUACAAAUUGAUAGUAAAUAUUAAAAAUUUAAAUUAUAAAUCAUAAAUAGAAAAUAGAAAAGGUGAGGUAGUGCAAAAAAAAACCAAGAGGCAGGUCCGGAUAUUUGGAGGGUACGGCCCAGAUCCGGAUCAGGAUCCCUUCAGCAGUCUUAUCACAGUUGGAAAGAAGCUGUUCCCAAAUCUGGCCGUACAGGUCUUCAAGUUCCUGAGCCUUCUCCCGGAGGGAAGAGGGACGAAAAGUGUGUUGGCUGGGUGGGUCGUGUCCUUGAUUAUCCUGGCAGCACUGCUCCGACAGCGUGCAAUGUAAAGUGAGUCCAAGGAUGGAAGAUUGGUUUGUGUGAUGUGCUGGGCUGUGUUCACAAUCUUCUGCAGCUUCUUCCAGUCUUGGACAGGACAACUUCCAUACCAGGUUGUGAUGCACCCAAGAACAAUGCUUUCUACGGUGCAUCUAUAAAAAUUAGUGAGGGUUUUCGGGGACAGGCCAAACUUCCUUAGCUUCCUCAGGAAGUAAAGGCGCUGCUGGGCCUUCUUGGCAGUGGACUCUGCUUGGUUGGACCAAGUCAGGUCAUUUGUGAUAGUGACCCCGAGGAACUUAAAGCUUUUGACCUGUUCCACUUGCGCACCACCGAUGUAAAUGGGGUCGUGCGGUCCACUACUCCUUCUGAAGUCAACAACCAAUUCCUUCUUCCUGCUGACAUUAGGGAUAGGUUAUUGUAUGACUUCUCCAUCAUUAUAUUGUUCUCAUCAGUAAUAAAUUCUUGAUGGGUGCUAAAGUUAGGCAAUUCAUGUAGUUUCGGUUCUCCCUCAACAGAUGCUGCUCAAACUACCGUUCAGCCCACACUUGCCCUUCCAUCCCACCACUUCGUGUCCCCGGCCUCCAGUUACGCACUUUGUCCUCCCACACAGACACCACUCUCUGAGCAUGCGCGCCGGCCUUCGCCCUUCAGUAUUCCCGAGCGCUCCUCGGAGGGAAUUAAAGGAGCAGGCAGCUCAGUCUGGGACCGUGGGUGACACCCGUUCUUUGUCAGAACACGAGUGAAUAGACCACUUUUAUCUGCUCGGAUUCUUAACCUCCGCUGUGCGAACUGGAUGGUGUCAACUGGCUCGAGACGUCGGGCUCGGGCUGGCGCGUGACGUCAGCGCGCAGUCGCCCGACGUGCGCACCAGCUGACGUCGGGGUCAAUGUCACUGUGGCGAACGGCGACCGGCGGCUGUGUGGAGUGAGUGGCGUUCGCGGCGUGACGCCGGUCCGGGGAAUUCGGUUCGUGUCAGAUGUGCUGGAUGCCUUCUGGCUACAGCUGGACCGCUGCGUGCUUCACGGAUCGGUAUCGGUUGGUGGCCCAGAGGGUGGGGGCCACUGCACCACCCAACCUGUGACGACUCAGUCUAACACACCAUCAUCAGUGUGCUCGGCAAGCUAUCUUCCCAAUUCCUAUCCAAAGCAUUAUGGCAUCAUUAAGCUGCAUAUCGGUGUUUUACAUUCUAAAGACUACAACCUGCAGAGCUUGUGGCUGUCAACAAGUCCAGCAUUCAUUGAGAUUAUUUUCGUGUCACACUGGGCUUCUGGGCAAUGGUGCUCCAGAACGUCAGACUUUGAACGAGGUUAAAGAAUAUUCGACCUAUUGUGAUAGAACAAAGAGAAGCCUGUCAGCACUUGCUAGUUCGGUACUCAGGAAAAAUCAGUGGAGGCCAUUGUCCAGGUUUGACUUUAUGGAUCCCAAGGAAGUUCAAAAAAUAAUAAUCAAUACAGAGAAGAGACAUUGGUUAAGGAGAUUUAUUGUCAGCCCUGAUUUGGCAAAUCGUAUCGUGAAAUGCAUUGGCAAUGAUGGCUCUGAAAAUAAUGCGAUAAUUUUUGAAUGCAAUCCAGGGCCUGGUGUUUUAACCCGUGCAUUACUAAAUAGUGGAGCGCAGAGGAUUGUGGCACUGGAGAGCAAUAAACAUUUUAUACCAGCAUUACAGUCUUUAGGAAAACAUGUGAAUGAACAGUUGGAAGUGGUGCACUGUGACUUCUUCAAGCUGGAUCCAAUAGGCCGUGGCACUAUGAAACCUCCUGCCAUGUUUUCUGAGAAACUCUUCAAUAACCUGGGAAUAUCAGAGGUUGCUUGGACUGCAGAUAUUCCAAUUAAAGUCAUUGGAAUCUUUCCACAAAGAAAUGAACGGAGCCUGCUUUGGAAGUUUGCUUAUGCUUUGCUUGAAAGGAUUUCAAUUUUUCAAUAUGGAAGAAUAGAAAUGAACAUGUUCAUUAGUGAGAAACAGUACAUGAAGAUAACGUCAGAGCCUGGCGACAUGAAACACUACGAUGCAUUUGCUGCAUUGUGGCAGAUAGCUUGUGAAAUAAAGCUGUUACAUAAGGAACCUUGCUCAUCUUUUACUACAAAUUUUCUAAACAGUGGAAGUGUGAAACGAGGCGUGAUGCCAGAUGACCAUCUGUGUCUCGUACGACUGACACCCCGCAAAGACUUGUUCAAUGAGACUUUAACAACAUUCAAUUCAACCACACUGGUAUUGAUGCUGAAGCAGUGCCUUACAAAACGAAAAACAAAUCUGAUUAACAAAUUGGAGUCUUGGUGUCCUGGAGGAGGAAUAAAAUUAAUGAGACAACUAGAUUUGCCAGAGGAUGUAUGGACAGGAAAUGUGUUUCCAGAGGAAUACAAAAGACUCUUUGAAGCAAUGAAACACUCUCAGGAUUUUGUUCACAGUUGGUUAUAUGGCGAGGUUUUGGAGAAUAUGCAUUCAACUGUGUCACACAUCUAAAUGUAAACCUUCAAAGAAAUUGGACUGUCAGAAACAGGAGAGUUUUAUGUAGCAAUGCAUGCAACUGCCCAUUGGCAAUCACAUCCAAGACACUGAAUACCUCUAUGUAUCACUUGAAUAUAGUUCUAUUUCAUUGCACCUGUCAGUGAAAUCUUAAAUUGGUUUCACUCUGUUGUAAGCCAUGUUAUAUGCUGUAUUCAGCAUUUUCCUCAUUUGUCUUGGGGGCCUGGGUGUAAACUGUUGAACUCAAAAUGGCCAUAUUUUAAAGUUCUGUGAGAACAUGGUUGACAUAGGAUUGGACACAGCAGGGAGUCUGGGUAAAUUCAAAUACUGAUAUAUUAAUUAUAUAUUAAUAUAUAAUUUGAUAUAUUCAAAUGUGGAGACAUUUUAUUCAAGUGAAUUUUUUAUUUGAUAUGUAUAACUUGCAUAAUGUAACUUCCACUUGAAUUCUUUUGGCUCACCAGAUGUUUAAAUUAUAUCUCUUCAGAAUUUGGUUAAGGGUAUUGUUGUGAUGAAUUGCAACUCUUAAUAAAAGGUCAAAUGCCUCAGGAGCAAAAAUAAAUUGAAGGUACUAGAUUAUUCUUUCAUUGUGACAAAAGGAAAAAUACAGUGACAUGCAAAAGUUUGGGCACCCCUGGUCAAAAUUUCUGUUACUGUGAAUAGCUAAACGAGUAAAAGAUGACCUGAUUUCCAAAAGGCAUAAAGUUAAAGAUGACACAUUUCUGCAAUAUUUUAAGCAAGAUUACUUUUUUAUUUCCAUCUUUUACAGUUUCAAAGUAACAAAAAAGGAAAAGGGCCCGAAGCAAAAGUUUGGGCACCCUGCAUGGUCACUACUUAGUAACACCCCCUUUGGCAAGUAUCAUAGCUUGUAAAUGCUUUCUGUAGCCAGCUAAGGGUCUUUCAAUUCUUGUUUGGAGGUCUUUUGUCCAUUCUUCCUUGCAAAAAGCUUCUAGUUCUGAGAGAUUCUUGGGCCGUCUUGCAUGCACUGCUCUUUUGAGGUCUAUCCACAGAUCUUCGAUGAUGUUUAGGUCAGGGGACAGUGAGGACCAUGGCAAAACCUUCAGCUUGCUCCUCUUGAGGUAGUCCAUUGUGGAAUUUGAGGUGUGUUUAGGAUCAUUAUCCUGUUGUAGAAGCCGUCCUCUUUUCAUCUUCAGCUUUUUUACAGAUGGUGUGAUGUUUGCUUCCAGAAUUUGCUGGUAAAAGAUUGAAUUCAUUCUUCCCUCUACCAGUGAAAUGUUCCCUGUGCCACUGGCUGCAACACAAGCCCAAAGCAUGAUCGAUCCACCCCUGUGCUUAAACAGUUGGAGAGGUGUUCUUUUCAUGAAAUUCUGCACCCUUUUUUUCUCCAAACAUAUCUUUGCUCAUUGUAGCCAGAAAGUUCUAUUUUAACUUCAUCAGUCCGCAGGACUUGUUUCCAAAAUGCAUCAGUCUUGUUUAGAUGUUCCUUUGCGAACUUCUGAUGCUGAAUUUUGUGGUGAGGACACAGAAAAGGUUUUCUUCUGAUGACUCUUUCAUGAGGGUCAUAUUUGUGUAGGUGUCGCUGCAGAGUAGAACAGUGCACCACCACUCCAGAGUCUGCUAAAUCUUCCUGAAAGUCUUUUGCAGUCAAACAGGGGUUUUGAUUUGCCAUUCUAGCAAUCCUACGAGCAGUUCUCUUGGAAAGUAUUCUUGGUCUUCCAGACCUCAACUUGACCUCUACCAUUCCUGUUAACUGCCAAUUCUUAAUUACAUUACGAACUGAGGAAACAGCUACCUGAAAACGCUUUGCUAUCUUCUUAUAGCCUUCUCCUGAUUUGUGGGCAUCAUUUAUUUUAAUUUUCAGAGUGCUGGGCAGCUGCUUAGAGGAGCCCAUGGCUGCUGAUUGUUGGGACAAGGUUUGAGGAGUCAAGGUAUUUAUAAAGCUUUGAAAUUUGCAUAACCUGGCCUUUCCUAACGAUGACUGUGAACAAGCCAUAGCCCUAACAAGCUAAUUAAGGUAAAAGUUAUCUGACAGCUCAAAUCUCUUGGGGUGCCCAAACUUUUGCAUGGUGCUCCUUUCCUUUUUUUCACUCUAAGAUGGUACAAAACAAAAAUAAUACAGUAAUCUUGCUUAAAAUGUUGAAAAGAAUGUUUCAUCUUUAACUUUAUGACUUUUGGAGAUCAGUUCAUCUUCUACUCACUUAACUAUUCACAGUAACAGAAAUUUUGACCGGGGUGCCCAAACUUUUGCAGGCCAGUGUAGGUUAAACAUUUAGAAGGCUUAUGAUUCAGAUAGUAAAUAUAUAACAGUGCAUUUAUCCCUGAUAGGGUUGGCUUGCAAAUACCACUUCAGUUCUAGCUACAGUUAUGUACAGGUAACAGCGGUGGAAAAGUAAAGUUUGGCAUGAAUAUUGUACACCAAGUAAAAACGUUGAGAUUUUUCAUUGGGGUUUUGGCUUUUUAUUUUUAUUCUCUGUAUAUAUUGAUAUUGUUAGAUGAUGCUCAUAAGAUAAAAACCUGAGAAAUAAGUGCAGGAAUAGGACUAUUCUUCCAUUCAAAACCAUUAUGCUAUCCUUUCCUUAUAUUCCUUGGUCUUUAAAUAUGCAGGAAUUAUACAU